GGGCGUAUUAUUGUUUACAAAACGCGCAAUUGAACAGCCGCUCGUGGAAUAAAUGCUAAUUAAAUAAAUACUAAUACAGAGAAUCGGACCAGCUGGACAUGCAGCGUUCCAGCUAGCAACUGCAGCACUUGCUGCCCAUUUGCUGCAGCAGUCGAAGGGGCAAAACGGAAACCAGAGACUCUGCCGACACCCGACCACUUGUUGUUGUUGGACUUUGUGGCCCCGGAGAUAAUUACGACUUUCAUCCAGCAGCCGUAUAAUAUAUGCAUUCACUGCCACCGAUGCCGAGGGCAAGAUCCGGAAAUCGAAUCGGAGCGGAACAGAUAGUCCCAAACGGAGCAACCAAGGAGCAGUGCGUCGCUGGAAACUUUCUUGUCAAAUUUUGCGAUUCGGAGUGUCGAAAUAGCAAGCAUUCAUCCGAAAACAUCGAGAGACAGCAUAUCAGCAGCCUAUAGCCCAACUGGAAGAUUGUUAAGCGUCCAAAAAAACCAGCUGCCGUAUCUCGAAUCAAGUUGCCAGCAAAUCGGUGAUUAGCCAACGAUCGCUUUAUUGCCCAGUCAAGUGUACAAGUAGUUGAGCUUGUGGACUUUUCACUAUGACGGGGCAGAGUAAACUAAUUUCGCCACUGAGCAUUACCUGCCAGGAGUUCCAGCACCCGUGGACGGAUCACUGCGCGAAUGCAACGGCCGGGAUUCUGCUCUCAGCAACGCCUUACUGCCUGCGGGUCUAUACCGUGGUAUAUGCCCUCUCGCUACUGAUGCGCCACCGAGUGCCCACAAAGGAGGAUCUAAAACGUGCCAUAUUGGGUAUCAUACAGUCGACAGCCUUCCUGGUGACCAAUGCCUACACCUUCAUUUUGUACAACUGCUUGCUGCGGAACUCACUGGGUCGAUACCAUUUUAGCACAGUUGCGUUUGUGCCCUGUUUUCUGGCAUCGUACACGGCUAUUCUGGUGGAGCGGCCCGCUCGCAGGCCACUGCUGACCCUUUACGUGGCUAACGUAGCAACGGAAACGUUAUGGAAUAUGGCCGAGUCGCGCGGCUGGGUGCGAUCCCUGCGUCACGGACAGACCAUGAUUUUUGGCUUGAGCAUAGCGGCACUGCUCUAUAUCUACCGGCUGGGUGGCUCCAAGGACUCCAUUUUCAAUAUCCUUCGCAUUUUUGUGGGCAGAGAAGAAGCGGGACCUGUGGCAGAAGCAGCACCCAUAGUGCCUGGUGAGCAGCCCGCGCCUUCUCAAAGCCGACCCGCUGUUAGCUUCUCAACCGUCUCGGACUGGGUACGCGUCUACAGCAACCUGAUACGCGCCAAGCAUGCCAGCUGCCGACACCAGCAAAGCUGCGUCGGCUACGCGGUGCUGGGCGGGAUUAAGCCCUUGGUGGGCGGAGUGGCACUCCAAGUAGCCCUCAAGCUGGUCAUGAAUUUCAAGCGAAUCAUGGCGGGAAAAAUGCAAUGGAAUAAGCAGGUCUUCAAUCACAAUACCCUGAAGUUGGGCAUCUUUAUGGGAAGCUUCUCAUUCCUGUAUAAGUCAAUCUCAUGCUUGUUACGGCACAGUUUCAAUCGGGAUGAUGCCCGGUUUGCCAUUCCCGCCGGAUUGGUUGCUUCCCUGACAUAUACUCAGUAUCCCGAUAACACAGUUGCCUUGUAUGUUAUGUGGAAAGCAGUACAGAUCCUUUGUGACAAAGGCCAAGAAAGUGGCAUCGUGCCGAAAAUACCCAACUUUAUGCUGUUCCUAUACUCAUUCUUUACUGCCGUUCUGUUCCAUGCGGGCAUCCUGGAGCCAAAAAAUCUACGUCCCAGCUACUACAAGUUUCUGCAGGCCAUCUCAGGCGAAAGAUUAAGCAGGUUUAAUCUAAGCGCCUUUGAUGUAUUCGGCUUAGAAACCCAGAAACAGGCGGUGGAAACCAUCAAAUCUCUGAAGAUUGUGGAAAAGUCGGUACUCCCGGCCUUCUCAUUAGCCUCUUGA